AUGGAGCCGACGAUCCAUCCCGGCCCAUGUGAUACUUCGGUUUUGACGUUGCAGGCGGAGCAUAGGAGUGAGGAUGUUUGGGGAGGGGGUAUGGACAGGCUUUUGACGUGUCGGGAGCACGUGCUUGGUUUAGGAGAGUGGGUGAUACAUGAUCGAGUCUUGGAGUUUGUUAGAUUAGCAGGGUUCUAUGGUGUACAUAGAUUGGUUGGUGGUGGAUUAGCCUUAGAUAGGUCUUUGAUCACAGCAUUGAUUGAGAGAUGGAGACAGGAGACGCACACUUUUCAUUUGGCUGUUGGUGAGGCUACUAUUACUCUGCAGGAUGUCGCUGUUUUGUUGGGGCUCAGAGUUCAUGGGGCUCCUGUCACAGGGGAUGGGUUCAUCAUUGAGGAUGACUUGGUUGAGGCGACACUUCAGUCAGGGCCCCCCUGA